UAAACCCUGGAAGCAUUAAACCCCGAGAGUCAUUACAUAUCUGAUCAUCAUCGACUGUCUCGCCGGCCAGCCAGAGCUUUCACCAACAUAAACUAAGGAAGAAAAACACAUAUCUCCUUUUAGAUCUCCCUCCUUCUCUCAUCCCAAAAUGUUCAGAUCUAUGCUUGUCCGAUCAUCAUCCUCGGCAAAGCAGUGGCUUCUCGGCCGUAGCUUCUCCUCCGGGUCCGUCCCCGAGCGUAAAGUCGCCAUCCUCGGCGCCGCCGGUGGAAUCGGUCAGCCUCUUGCUCUCCUGAUGAAACUGAACCCUCUCGUCUCUACUCUCUCCCUCUACGAUAUCGCGAACACACCUGGAGUCGCCGCUGAUGUCGGUCACAUCAACACCAGAGCUGAGGUUGUUGGAUACACGGGAGAUGAUAACUUGUACAAAGCUCUUGAAGGAGCUGACCUCGUUAUCAUUCCUGCUGGUGUUCCCAGGAUGCCUGGUAUGACCCGUGACGAUCUUUUCAACAUCAAUGCUGCCAUUGUCAAAACCCUCUCCUCUGCCAUCGCCAAGUACUGCCCUCAUGCGCUUGUUAAUAUGAUCAGCAACCCAGUGAACUCUACUGUUCCAAUUGCAGCGGAGAUAUUCAAGAAGGCUUGUAUGUACGAUGAGAAGAAGUUGUUUGGUGUUACCACUCUUGACGUUGUUAGGGCCAAGACUUUCUUUGCUGCAAAUGCUAAUCUCCCUGUUGCAGACGUUAAUGUUCCUGUGAUUGGGGGUCAUGCUGGGGUUACUAUUCUCCCACUCUUCUCUCAGGCCACUCCUCAAGCUAACUUGUCAGGCGACGUACUCACCGCCCUCACCAAGCGUACUCAAGAUGGAGGUACAGAAGUUGUGGAGGCUAAAGCAGGAAGGGGCUCUGCUACAUUGUCAAUGGCCUAUGCUGGAGCACUAUUCGCUGAUGCAUGCUUGAAGGGACUCAACGGAGUUCCAGAUGUUGUAGAAUGCUCAUACGUGCAAUCCACAAUCACUGAGCUUCCUUUCUUUGCCUCAAAGGUGAGAUUGGGGAAGAACGGCGUGGAGGAGGUUCUUGAUUUAGGGCCACUCUCAGACUUUGAAAAGGAAGGGUUGGAAGCACUGAAGCCAGAACUCAAGUCUUCCAUCGAGAAGGGAGUUAAGUUUGUCAAACAAUGAGUUAACCGAUUUGAAUCGGUUUAUUCUCCAAUUUUCCGGUUAUAGUUGCCUUCCCUCCCUUUAUUGGUUUGCAUCAGUAAAUCCAUGGUUUAAGGCUCUUUGUUAUUCCCAAUGUAACAUGUCAGUUUAUGUUAGGAUUCUUUCUUCCUUCUGAAAUAGUUAUAGCCCUUUUUUUAUCACAUGUCAAUGUGGUUGUUUCUUGUUAAUGUUGCACCUGUGUGGCCUUCUUUUUGGUUCUGCAGUUCUAUAUUUUUUUUUUUUGAUUUUGUGGUUUCCUGCAAAAGAUAAUGGUUAAAAAUUCACUUGUUCGA